AUGGCAUUCAAUGGCAUCCGAGAUCUUGAGUCCGAGAAACAACUCUGGUCAGGGCAUUGUCGCGUCUCCAGGGCAUGGUUGGGUGUUAAUGUGACGACUGAUAAAGUCCUGCAUUUCGAUCUCAUCUUGAUGGAUGCCAAGGGGAAUGAUAUAUGGGUGCAUAUCCCACCAGUGCUGCAAGAACACUUCAAACGAUUGCUGAAGGAACAACAGGUCUACACCAUUAAAAACUUUGAGCUUCACACGACCCAACUGAAAUAUCGCCCCAUUGCCAAUACAUAUAUCAUGUCGUUCUCCCGGAAGACUACUGUUGAGCAUGUUCCCGAUGUCCCUUCCAUUCCUGCCUUCAAAUUCAAAUUCCUCAAAGCAAGUGAGAUGGCAUCUAAAUUGAAUGAUGUGGUCGUACUCUCAGGCAUUACUUAUGUUGUCAAACCUAAGCCUACGUUGUUUUACAGAGGGGAUGUUGUCAAAGUUAUUAUGUGGGGAAGAGUUGUAGCUGACUUUGAUAAGUUGAUCAAGCCUGGUGAUGAUGAACAAGUCAUACUGGUUGUGACUGCGGUUUCUGUCAAACCCUUCCUAGAAAGACAUGGAGAAUACUACUGUGUCAAAUGCAACAAGCCAACACCAACAAGGGCUGCCAAAUAUCGUAUACAGCUUGAUGUUGAAAGCAGUUCUGUGCCAGCUACCUUUAUCAUCUUUGAGUAUGAAGCAAAACGCUUCUUUGGUGUCAGUGGUAAUGAUCUUUUCAAUAGGACGGGUCAGAACAAUGAG